AUGACACUGGCGACGAAAUCUAGUGACGAAAAUAUGACACGUAUACAUAAGGAACAGACCUUCAGAGCCAGAGACGCCACAUUCGAAAAGCUAAUGGAGAAAUACAAGAACCUCCUCAAAGUAAUCUCCAUACAAGAUCUAAUCCUCGCCUCCCAAUCUACUCCACCUUCCAUCUCCAUCGAGUUCCUCCACCGCCUCUCUCAGAAACUCCACCUCAACCGCGGCCCCUCCGCCUUCCUCCGCACCUACCCUCACAUCUUCCACAUUUUCACCCACCCCGUUAACCUCCAACCCUACUGCACACUCACACCCGCCGCUCGCCUAAUCGUCCGCCAAGAAUCCGACGCCUUAAACAAAUCCACGCCCCUCGCAGUAACCCGAUUGGUCAAGCUCCUAUCGAUGUCCCUCACCAAAAAGCUGCCCCUUCAUGCCAUUUUCAAGGUCUGGAGAGAAUUGGGUUUGCCCGAUAACUUCGAGGACUCCGUUAUUUCGAGGAACCCCGACAUUUUCUCGCUCCGAGAUGGAAACGAGCCCAACACUCAUUACUUAUUGCUCGGCGAUACUGACCUUUUUGCACAUUGACUUUCACGAAAAUAUACUCUUGUUCUACUAUAAUUCAUUUAAUAUACUUAUUUAAUUUUAUAGACCAAUUUCUGCACAGAAAUCUCAUUCUCCACACCCUACCACAUAAUAUCACAAUAUAAAAAAAUCAAUAAUUUCUGACAAAGUAUCUUAUAAUAAAUAGCUCAUCAAAACACAGAAAAACACUACUAUUGAAGCAGAGAUACAUUAAACAAAAAAUUUGCAGCUUGAUUCCUAAUUCUAAUCGAAAAAUACUGAAGACAAACCCAUGUUCUGAUUUAAA